GCAACCUGGAUAUCGAUUGUCAUUAUUUAUAUCGUACGUUUCCUCUUCAGUCAUCGAUUCACUCUUUUUACAUUUUACAUUUUUACAGUAAUGAGAGAGUUAAGUUUUUCCCACGGGCGUAUGGUACUCUAAGUUAGCCCCCACAUGUGUGAUCAUAGGUGUUGUUGAAGGGGAGUCGAGCGUGCGAAGAGAAUGACGGAUAGCCAGCAGCAGUUUUGCUUGCGGUGGAAUAACUUUCAGGCGAACAUCACGAGCCAGUUCGAGGCGCUGCGAGAUGACGAGGACUUCGUCGACGUUACCUUCGCGUGCGACGGCAGGCGACUCCAGGCGCACAAGGUCGUCCUUUCCGCGUGCAGCCCUUACUUCAAGGAGCUGUUCAAGACAAAUCCUUGCAAGCAUCCAAUAAUUUUCAUGCGAGAUGUUGAAUUUGAACAUCUACAGUCGCUAUUGGAAUUUAUGUACGCCGGAGAGGUAAAUAUCUCGCAGGCCGAAUUACCUACAUUUCUACGUACUGCUGAAUCUCUUCAAAUUCGUGGCCUCACCGACUCCCAAAGUAAUCAGCACAACAAUGAAAAGCAUUUGAAGACAAAUAACAUCCAUACAUCAAAUGGCCGUGGUCUGAUCUCACCGAGCUUUGACGAUGAACGCAGUAGAACUCCACCAACUUCAAGCCCUCCACCACUGAAAAGGCUGUGUAAAAAAAGUGAUUCACCUCCAAUUUCUAGUCCAACACCCUCUAUACCGCCUUGUGCUACUAUUGCACCUCGCUCGCGCCCGCUCAUCGAGCCUCAAGUUCAGCUCGAUUGUUAUAAAGAUCUCGAUGUUGUUGAGCCAAAAAUAGAAUUACCUGAAUAUGGCAGUGAUGACGAUUGCUCACCUAAACCAGAAGCUAAUACAUUACCCAGUGGAUUUCUCAGCUUGGAUAGUGGUAUGGAAGUAUUACCAUCUUAUCCAUCAUCUUAUCAAGGAAACCAAAAUGUGGAAGGAGGAAUGCCAGGUCCAUCGCAUGGAACUACGGAAUUAAACCAGGAGCAGCAAGCGCGAAGAGUACGUCGCGGUAGACCGCGACUCGGAACCAGAGGUGGCAAACAUCCAUCGCCAUCCGUUCGCAGAAAUUCGCCAUCCAGGAAUGAUUGGCUGCCCCUGGACAUGAGAACGACUCCACCAACUGCGAUGCCUGCCUUCCGUGGAUUCGAAGAGUCUUCGUCGGAUGGUGUGGUUCACUUGGGUGAGGGUAUAGCUGUCUGCGAGGAGCAACUGAGGGCUGUUAAAUGGAGUGAUUAUCGCAAGUUGACACGCGGAUUAGCCGCGAUAUUGUUCAGCCCGACAGAACUGGCGACGUGCUCCGUCACCGGUCAACGUUGGAGCCGCGCCGGCACAGCUACCGAACGUCCUGUCAAACCUGCCCUCGACAAGGCUAAGGUUCAAGCCAUUAUAUCUUAUGUGACGUCGAGGUUUCCGUCAGUAGACGUCAGCAGCGUGAAACAGGUCUUAGCAUACAAAUGCAAAGAGAACUCCACAGCUCUCAAGAUGAAGUCUAUACGAUACAUAUGCGAUAGACAGGAUACGGACACGUCACCGCGGGGUGAGUCCGAGGACAAGUGAGAGGGGGUACAGGGUGCGUGCAGGGUGCAGCCCGCCUCUCAGUUCCGUCGCGUCCUCCCGCACCCUCCAUCCAAUACGGUUUACUCGCCUCAACGUUCGCAGCAAGAUCGUGGCGAUUAUCGUAAUAAUAACAGUGACAAACAGUGCGUCAACGUGCAUCUACGACGCAGGCAGGGCAACGAGGAAAGGCACGGAGGCGAUUUGUCUCCCGCGUUAUCCGCGCCGGCAGAUCUUGAAAAGCUGAUGCCUCUGCACACGCUUCACGGCGCAUUUCAUUCCACCCUACGAACGGCGACGGCCUCAUACAUUUAAUUACUGGUUUAACCAGUUGCACAUCGAUCGAGAAGUUGUAAUCCCGCAAGGGUAGGGCGGAAAUACAAAGAUGACAGACAAGGUUUGAUAAAAAAAAAAAGAACUGAAAUAUUUCUGAUCGUUUCGUUGCACGAUUUAGAAGAUAUUUCAGGAUAUUCAUUAACUUUCUUUAUUUCCUUCUUGCCAUCAAAAUCGCGGAGAUUUUAAUGGCGGGGAUGAUUGAGUUCUUUCUGAAGCGUUCUACAAAAAAAAGAUUUAACAUGCUUACAUAUACAAAAAAGAUAUGAAAGCGAAGGAUAAGCGUGAUGGAUAAAUCUGUUGAAUAGAACGUGUAUAACAAGUUCACGAAAAAUAAUAGAAGCGUUUCGAGAGUAGAAGAAAAAUUAAGACGGAUGGAAACAAGUGUGACUGGUAAAAUUUUAAUGCAAGAUUAAAAUGGAUCGUGACUAACAGCUUCAUAAAACUUCAUACUUUGAGUAGGAAAUAAAAUCAUCAGUAUCAGGCUAUUACGUUUAGACUGUACAUUAUAUCUACAUUGUGAAUUUAUCGUAAAUUUCCCUAUCGUAAAGUUUCUCCUCUAAAUUUCCUUUACUUCUAAUAGCCAGCGUGGUUACGUAAUAGACGAAAGGAAACGUAGGAGAAGAAGUUUACUUUACGGACAUUCAACUGAUUUAUACAGUAUGGACAUUUGAUUGUAAUGGCAAGUCUAUUGCGUUUAUAAAUAUUUGAGAUAACAAAGUUAACACGACAAGGGAUUAUUAGUGGAUGCGUUCUUGCCUAAAAAAAAUCAUUCCUUCGUAUACAUGCGUUCCUUCUAUAAAUAUAAGUGCUUCUGAUAAAUAAUGCAUCUCUUUUCGUCUGUGCGAUAAUAUGAAUUUUUUAUGUGUAAGAAACAAAGUAUACAAAGGCAUUGGGAGACGCGUCACGAAGGAACGAUUCUGUGCAAGAAUGCAUUUGAAUUUAUUUGGUUUCGGCUGUGAGCUACGACCACAUGCGAAGGAGGAGAUCCGUGUGGUUCUAUUGAAAGAGAACGUAUCCUUCUAGAGUGAAGGUGAGUGAUAGUUUAAAAAAAUGAUAAAUAGUGAGAAGGCAAUAUUAUAAAGAAAAAAAGGAGAAAGAAAGAAAUAUUAUUAAAAAAUAGCAAGGUCGGACGGAUUAGUCCGAUCCUACCGGGAUACAAGGGUAGACUUUCACAUAUAGAGUAUGCCUAAUAUAUAUAAACAUA